AGAACAGUACGGUUAUCAGCGCAGAUGCUCAUCAUCUCCGUCUCCUUCUCUCUCUCUCUCUCUCUCUCUCUGUAAUGAGUAUUAAUGAUUUUAUAUUUAGAAUAUAAAUAGAGGCCAAAGUGUAAUGAAUCAUAUCAGAUAAUGUCAGUGGUCAAGCUGCAGUUUGCUGCGGUUUGCUAGAAGCUGCAGAGUGAGUGGUCUCAGAGCAUUUUGGAAGAUCAAAUCCAGCAGGUACAGUCCCCAACAUGAAGAACAGCAUGAUGACCAAGGCUAAGAAGCUGAUCAUGAGGAUGAAGAUAAAGAACGAGUUGGCCAGGCAAUGUCUGGGCGAGAUCAUUGGCACCUUCGUUCUUCUGCUAUUUGGCUGUUCUGGUGCAGCACAGGUGAAGACCGGGCGCGAUAUGAAGGGUCAGUUCCUGUCAGCUAACCUGAGCUUCGCUGUGGGGGUCAUGUCUGCCAUGUACCUCUGCAUGGGAGUGUCAGGAGCUCAUCUGAACCCUGCAGUGUCUCUGAGCUUCUGUGUGUUGGGUGAUCUUCCAUGGAAAAAGCUUCUGCCUUACUCUCUGUCUCAGGUGCUGGGGGCCUACCUGGCCUCCGCAGUCGUCUUUGUCAUGUACUACGAUGCUAUAAUGAACUACAGCGGUGGAGUUCUGACUGCGUUCGGCCCAAACGAAACUGCUUCCAUCUUUGCCACGUACCCCACUGAAGGAGUGUCCCUGCAGACCAACAUCUUUGACCAGGUGGUUGGCACCGCCACGCUGUUGCUGUGCAUCCUGCCUCUGAAUGAUAAGAGGAAUCGGCCUGCUCCUGAGGCUCUGCUGCCCCCCAUUGUGGCCGCUGUUGUUUUAGGCAUAGCCAUGUCCAUGUCCUCCAACUGCGGCGGAGCAAUAAACCCCGCCCGUGACCUGGGGCCACGCCUCUUCACUCUCACAGCCGGCUGGGGCGUUGAGGUCUUCACGUGCUUCGACUACUUCUUCUGGGUGCCGCUCGUCGCACCUCUGGUUGGCGCUGUGCUGGGCUCCUUUUUCUACCAGGUCUUUAUCCAGUGGCACCUUCCAGAACUUGAGCCAGAGAAGAACGGUCAAGCUGAGCUCACAGAGUCUACAGAUGAGAAACCACUGGAGGAGAAGGAGGUGUUUCACAUCAAAGUGGCGGCCUUGUAGUGAAUACUGUAAAUAGUGCACACAUCUAGCCCUUGGUUAUCCGUGGUAAACCAAGCAGACGUCAUAUUAUUUCACCACUGUUUUAACCUAUUUAUCCUUCCAUCACUGAAGACCAGGAUGAGGAGGAGUUUCAUCCCAGUGUCUAUAUCGUACUUGUUUAUAGGAGUAACAGGAACCCAAAUGUAACAUAUUUCAUUCUAUUUUAAACACAGUGCAUCCCUCUGAGAGGUCUGAAUUAUUUCGGGGGGAUUUCAGAGUGGGCUGUCAGUCACAAGAAGUUGUAUAUUGUUUCAUACAGUCGUAUGCAAAAGUUUUGGCGCCCCCUGUCAAUUUCUAUGUUCUAAGUGAACUUAUCCUCUACAGAAUUCCAGCGAUCAGAGUUGCUGCCUAAUUCAGUCGUUACAAAGUCGUUCAGUGUGCUUGGAGGUGAAAUGCUCGGUUCCAGAGAAACUCACUGAGCCAGAACUCUUCACAGUGGUGGUGAUAGGAAC